AUGGUGGAACUGGCUCUGGUUCUGGAGCCUUCGAAGGCUUACGGCCAGGUGGGCGACGAGGGACGGACGAUCGCGAGCUGGACGCCUAGGAGGUCUAUCGCCAAAGCCUGGAGGCCGCGUGGGAUAUGGAUCUUCCCGGAACUUUUCUGGAUCAUCGUAGGAGUCAUAGUCUUUACUGGGAACCAUCACAUCUGGACUUUUGACGGCUGGGCGUUGAUGGGUUCCGUCACCAAAACGACGACGAGGGGCGUCUUCUUCAUCAUCAUCGUCGUCCGAAGGCGGUUCAGACGGAUCAUCUGGCUCAGAUUCUGGAGUCUCUUCCUUGGGAGGAAGUCGUCGACGACGUGGUGGACGACCUGGUCGACGGGGUUCUGGCGGUGGCGGUGGAGAAGAAUCGUCCGAAAGGUCCGAACUUUCAUCCCCACUGGAUUCGGAAGGAGGUUCAGGAUCCUCUUUAACGAAUGGCGGACGACUAGCAUCACGACGAGGACGCGCGGUCUGGGCCGGUGCUCUCCGGAACUUCGCAUGAGUAAGAUUCUUACCCUCAUCCCAGUUGAAAUGCUGCAACUGGGCAAUUCGAUACAGAUGCUGAAGAGUAAAGGCUUCGUGGAUUUCAGCGCAGUCUCGAAAUUCCUGGGGAAACCUGUGCAGUUUCUUUCUGAUGGCUUCUCGCAGUCUGUCUCGUUGAAUGCUGGAGCGGAAUUCUAA